GCUGGAUGCGGGGGAGCGAGCCUGGAACAAACCUCGCCUUAGCUUGUGGGCAGAGCCGCGAGCAGGGAAGGCUGGGAAUAGAAAAGAGGCAUUUCACGCUCUCGGCUGAGUCACCCAAGUGUAUAAAGCCGAGGCCGGGCAGUCGGAGCCGCUCGGAGCGGAGGAGACACGAGGCAUCGGGAUUUUGGGACAGAUCUUGGAAAUUGAUUGCAAGUCACUUCGGAAAAGGAUGUUUCCAGGCUUGCUCGUCCUCUCCCUGCUGGUGGGGAGCACAGCGGCUGGCCCGGUGAGCAGAGCAGAGCCUGCAGCAUCCAGGGAUGUCACCACCUUUUUCCAGCUGGCUCAGGAAGACCCGUGGGAGAACGUUAAUCUCACCAGCAUGUCCUGUGAGAAUCGGAAGAACAGGACCUGGAUCACCCUGCAGCUGACCAACAGCAGCCUGACAGCUUUCCCUGUCUGCCUUCCGGAGGCCCUGGAGACCUUGGAUCUCAGCAACAACCUCUUGGAAGAGGUGAACGGCUCGGAGAUCGCGAACCUGCCGCGGCUGCGCGUCCUCUCGCUGAGGCACAACCACCUCUGGGCAGUCUCCUGGGGACCUGAAGCCCUCAGCAGCCUCCUCAAGCUGGACUUGAGCUUUAACAAGCUGUCGUCUGUGCCAUCCUGCCACAGCUCUGCCCUGCCCAACCUGAGGUGGUUGUCCUUGGCUGGAAAUCCACUGCUGGAAAUCCAGCCGCUGGCUUUUUCCUGCUCCCCUCAGCUGCAGGUGCUGAACCUCUCCGUGACCCUGCUGGGGCAGGAGGACAGCAGAGGAAUUAGGGAAUCUGCUUUUGCCAUCAGCACAGCUCCCAGGGAGGCCUCGGACAGGCCUGGAAACUCCAUCCAUGUGCUCGAUCUGAGCGGGACAUUCCUUGAGAAAAUUCAACCAGAGUGGACCAGAGACUUGCCCAACCUCAGAUCCCUUCACCUGACAAAGAUGCCACGAUUAAGAAGCCUCGACACUGACUUUGUGAAGUCCAUGCCUGGUCUCCAAGAGCUGCACUGCCAGGACUCCCCUUCCCUGGGUUUUGUGAGGACAGAGAUGUUUGACAGUGCUCCUCAUCUGAGCCAUCUCUCCUUUGAGAACUGUAACCUCAGUUCCUUUAAUCCUUGGGACACCAACUCGUCGGAUGGCAUCACCAUCAACCUCUCUGGAAACCCUCUGUUCUGUGACUGCCAGCUCUCCUGGCUGCUCUCCAAGCCCAAGAGAGUUGUGCUGCAAAAGGCUGGGGAGACUUUCUGCACAUCCCAGGAAGAUGGGGGCAGACCUUCAACACCUGUUUCACUGCAAGAGCUCUACAGUAAAUGCCAGUCUGGGAGCAGCAAUGUCACACUGCCCCACUCAGACACGCCCUCUCCUGAUCAUGAUGCUCUCAGCUUUACCAGUUACGAUGCCACUGCUGCGGUAACAACAGACUGGGCUCUGCUCUCCAGGGACACUUACACCAGCUCCCUGAUCCUGGGGGAUUUAAUGAGCGCCACAGCCAACCCAGUGCUCACCAAAGACACUUCUACCAGCUCCCUGAUCCUGGGGGAUUUAAUGAGCAUCACAACUAGCCCAAUGCUGACCAAAGACACUUACACCAGCUCCCUAAUCCAGAGGGAUGCAAUGAGCACAACAGCCAAUCCAAUGCUGACCAGAGACACUUACACCAGCUCCCUGAUCCAGAGGGAGGUAGUGAGCACAACAGCCAAUCCAAUGCUGACCAAAGACACUUAUACCAGCUCCCUGUUCCAGAGGGAUGCAAUGAGCACGGCUUUGCCCCCAACGGAGCUGAUGCUCACAAAGGCCAACAGUUCCUCCCACCAGGAGGAGGCAGUUCCUGAAUCCACAAGCAGUCCCCCUUCCUUCACAUCCGUAACCUCCUUCCCAGUUUUCCUCAAAGAGCUCUUUGCUCAGUUCAGCUCCACGAGUCAAACAGGAACAGAGCAGCCCAAGGGAGAGCUCAGAACAACCGACACAACGUCUCCCCGGGAAGGUCCGUCCAGCCAGACCACCAGUCGUUAUUCUGCUGGAGGAACAGGAACCCCCAACACCACUGACCGUUCUGUUCACUCGUUUACCAGCCCUGGUGGGGAGGGCACCCCACAGGGUACCCCACAGCCGAGCCCCCCCCAGCUGAACUCAAAGCCUGCUCCCACCAGGCCACCGGCGCACUAUGUCGACUACUACGACUACGACGAACAGCCGAAGGAAACCCCAGUGCAAGUGGGACACAUCUCCUGUGACUACAACCCCUGCAGGCACCUCCAGAAGCCGUGCAGUGAACUCCAGAGCGUGUCCCAGUGUUUAUGCCCGGGCAUGUCGACGGAGGAUGAGGUUCCAGACCCGCCGAGGCUCAGCGAGGUGACCGAAGUUACAGACAGCUCUGCCCUGAUUCACUGGUGCGCCCCAAAUUCGGUUGUUCACACCUAUGAGCUGCUGCUUCUUGCCCAAGGCAACGAGGACAGGCAGUUUGUCAUGGAUAAUAUUUAUCCCACAGCCAGGCAGUACACUCUGUAUGAUCUGUCACCAUACACCACUUACAACAUUUGCGUGACAGCUUCCAACAAAGCCGGGUCAAGCCAGAUAACAGGUCAGGAAAUUCCAGGUAAUUCGUGCACCAGAUUUAAAACAAAACCCAGCUACAAGUCUGUCUUUGUUGCUCUGUCUGCAGCAAGUGGAUUCUUUCUCAUUACCACGAUUGUUUUGUCUGCAUGUCUGUGCAAGGCGUGUAAGAAGCCUCACAGUGAGCAGUAUGGAACACACUUGGUCUCCUACAAGAACCCAGCCUUCGAUUAUCCGCUAAAAAUACAAACCAGUAAUUAGCUCUGGGUUAUUGUUCUGCACAUUCAGAGCUCGCUGUUUCCAUCACCUUGGUAUGUUUUUGGGAGGCUCUCAAAGCAUCUUUCAGCAAAACUAUGAACAACCAGGUUUCAUAACCCUUCUGUUUCUAAGGGAGAGCAAACCAUCAACAAAGAAAAACUAAUAACGAAGGUAUUUUCGACCAGAUAUAAGUCUCUGGACUGUGGUUCAUGUGCUAAGCAGCAGGAAAGCUGGACACUAACCUUGAAAAGCUGUUUUUAUAAUCACCUACAAAUAGAGUAGCAUGAAUUUCACACAGUGAGAGGCUCCCUGGCCAGCUGUCUGCCUCCAGUAUCUCAUGGACACAAUCAGCUGAGAGCCAUGAUCCAAGGUGCAUCUAGCUGAGCGUGACACACUCUGCUUUUAUUCACAGAGGGAAGUUGGGGGUUCAAUUUUUUAAAGGCAUUAUCCAAAAAGAGAAUGUUACUGGAAGGAGUGAGUGGGCUCAGUGACAAGGUGCUGUGCAGCUCUAACUCCGUUAAGCAACUCCAGAGGCUGCAGCUGCUCAGCCUCAGUUCAGGAAAAAGAAACAAAGAUUAAAUGUAAGAAGGACUGUGCAGGAUCCUUCGGGCAGGGAUCAUUGUUUUGUCUUGUCUUUGUGUGAUGUUGGAGUCUCCCAAGUGCUUCCACAAGCAGUUCCCAGGCAGUGGGGGUUUGCAGGACAGCACUGACCCAAGAAGUGGUAAGGGGAGCACGGUAACAUUUGCUUCCCAAUGGAUUUUAAGCAGAGAUGGUUGUUCCAUCGCAGUAAUCCAUCCCAUCCACAGAUUUAGCAGCUGAUUUACCUCAUAGAGGCAAAAAGAUGAGUAAUGAAACCAUUUAAUGUGUGUGUUGCUGAGACUUGAAAAAGCGAAAUCCCGUCCAGUGGCAGCAGAGAGUUCUGCAGACAUCUUCCAGAUUAAUUUUUGGGUGCUACUUGAUAGUGAGAGAUGCUGACAAUCCCAGCUUCGAGCUUGCCAUUAGAAUUCAGAGAGAUGUUUGUGGAAGGGGAGGCAUUUGUCCCAGUCAGAUACUUCCCCAGAGGUUUAUGCUCCAGCAACUGCUGUUCCUGCUGCUGUACAGACACUGUGUGAAGUCCCCCCAGACCUCUGAGGGAAAGGUGCUGUGCAGUGCAAGAGACUCUCUGUUCUGUUCUUUUUUAAUGCUUUCAGUAUUAACAGAAAUAAAAGCUACAGAGCUGAGUUCUGGUUCUUUGUUAAAGACUUGGGUCUCGGUGUUGUCUUUACCACCUACAACGUUUAGCCUGAGAAAUUAACUCUUUUUUGUUGUU